GAUAAAACGCCCGCACGAGCAUCCAUUGCUACGACGAAGCCUGAAACCAUCAGCUGGUCGCCAACUUUUGCCUUUCCCUUCCCCCAUCAUCGCCACCCCCCUUUCUUUCCUUCCCUUCCGCAGCAGCUCCACCGCGACUAGCCUUUUCACUUCCCAGCUUCCACCCAUCAUCAAAUGGGCCAGCUCUUCCUGCUCAUACUAGCCCUCCUCCUCGCUUCCACUCGCGCCGCCUUCCAUGCCGACGCCGCCGCCUUCGCUGAGGAGAAGAGCAUAGCAGGGAUCAGAGGCAUGAUAGGGUCAAGGCCGCCGAGCUGCGCGGGGAGGUGCAGGUCGUGCGGGCACUGCGAGGCGGUCCAGGUGCCCAUUUCCCCACAGGAGCUGCGGAAGAAGAAGAAGAAGAAGAAAGAGCUUGGGCUUCAUGGAAGCCGGACUUCUGCAUCCUACGGUGCAGGCGGGAGAGCAAUGCCGUCCUCCUACGACGACCACUCCAACUACAAGCCUCUGAGCUGGAGAUGCAAGUGUGGGCGCCUGAUAUUGAGCCCAUGAAUCGCUCGGAUGCUCCGGUGUAGCUAGCAGGGGCUUGUCGAUAUUAAUAGUAGUAUAGGGUUUGGGCGUUUCUUGGUGAUUUUGCUUCCUUCGCUGUUCUUGUAUGACCAGUGAUGGAUCCUUUUGGUUGGAAGAUUUGGGAAUGGAAGGAUCAAGAACUUGUCUUCUUCGUUGCGGUGGCUUGGCUAUUUCCCCAUGUCCUGUUGCUAAUCCAAGAUAUAGAGGACUAAUCUGAACCUCUUGGUACUUAACUAGUACAUCAGUCAUGUACAGCUUCCUAGUUUGAUGCCGUUUUGGCUGCUGACAAUACAAUGUACUGCUGGCUUAGCACUGUUUGCAA